AUGAACGGAACAGGAGAGCAGACGGAUAUCCUGUCGGUUGGGAGUGUGGUCAGGGACAGGUGGAAAGUGGUGAAGAAGAUAGGAGGAGGUGGUUUUGGGGAGAUCUAUGAAGUGCUUGAUCAGUUAAGUCAGGCAAACGUGGCCCUGAAGGUGGAGUCUGCCCAGCAGCCCAAGCAGGUCCUGAAGAUGGAGGUGGCCGUUCUCAAAAGACUCCAGGGUAAAGACCACAUCUGUCGGUUUGUCGGCUGUGGUCGCAACGACCGCUUUAACUAUGUGGUGAUGGAGCUGCAGGGGCGGAAUCUGGCGGACCUGCGACGCACGAUGAGUCACGGCACAUUCUCCGUGUCCACCACGCUGAGGCUGGGCCGGCAGAUCCUUCAGGCCAUAGAGAGCAUUCACUCCGUGGGAUUCCUGCACAGAGACAUCAAACCGUCCAAUUUUGCAAUGGGUCGACUGGCCAGCACCUGCAGAACGUGCUAUAUGCUGGACUUCGGUUUGGCCAGACAGUUCACAAACUCCUGUCAGGAAGUCCGUCCGCCUCGUCCAGUGGCAGGUUUCAGAGGGACGGUGCGCUACGCCUCCAUUAAUGCACAUAAGAACAAGGAGAUGGGUCGUCAUGACGAUCUGUGGUCCCUGUUCUACAUGCUGGUAGAGUUUAUGGUUGGUCAGCUGCCCUGGAGAAAGGUCAAAGAUAAAGAGCAGGUGGGGAAUCUGAAGGAGACGUACGACCACCGUCUUAUGCUCAAGCACCUCCCUGCGGAGUUCAGUGUUUUUCUGGAACACAUUUCCAGCCUGGACUACUUCACUAAGCCUGACUAUCAGCUGCUAAUGUCCGUGUUUGAGGACAGCAUGAGAAGUUAUAACGUACUGGAGAACGACCCGUACGACUGGGAGAGGACCAGUUCAGAGGACUCUCUGACCGUUGCUACCUUGGCAACCACAGCUCAGCAGCUGACUCGCCUCACGCCAGCGUACAUGGGCAUGGCCAAUGCCUCUGUGAUCCCGGGCGACCUGCAGAAGGAGAACACGGAGGAUGUCCUACAGGGAGAGCGGCUGAGCGAGGCGGAUAACUGUCCUCUCAUCCCGGCGCAACCCGCCCAGGGAGCGGACGUCUGGGAGGAGGCCGAGCGGAGCCGGGACUGUAACCGGAACCACGUCCAGCCUCUGAUCCGAAAGGUGGCGAGCGAGGAAGAGCGCAGUAACCAGGGUAACCAGAGCCCGAACAGCGGUUCCAUCCAGGGUUCUCCGCGGCGCGUGCGUUCGGAGACUCUUCUGAUAGACCGCGUGGCCCCGCUGCUCCGGAGGAUGCGUCACAGUCACAGCAUGGGCCUGGACAAGCGACUCACGCCAGAACCAAAACCCACCAUCGAACGCUUCCUGGAGGCCUAUUUGGGGAAGCAGCGUCCGGGCCUGGUCCACGACAGGCCAGCGUGUCGGGCUGAACCGGGCUCCCAGGAGGACGAGGAGGGCGCGGCCAGCAGCGGCUACGUGGCGGUUAACCUCAGCCCCGUCCCGCAGGAGGGCGACUCCCAGGAGUGGGUCCUGGUGGAGCUGGAGGGAGCCAGCGGCUCCGUGGCCUCCAAACCCGACGAGGAGGAGCGAUCGGGGGUGUCUCCGCGGUCCGCCAGCCCCGUCGCCCUCCCCCGGACCUGGUCUGACCCCCUCCCUCAGCGCACCACCUCGCUCACCGGCUCCUCCGAGUUCCAGACGGCCCCCUGCUACACAGGCCCGCCCUUCACCCGGUUGCCGGGGUUACCGGGGUUGCCGGGGUUACCGGGGCUGUCGGGGCUGUCUGGACUCAGGAGGCUGCCUCACAUUCACGCCUCGCCCGUGGCCCGACUGAGCAGAACACAGCCAGAGCAGGUCAGCACGUCAACAGCACAGCAGCAGAAACCAGAGGGUGAGGGUCAGCCACCUCCCCUGGGCAUGGACGAACCCAAGACCCCUGCCCUGCCCCUCGGGCCUUCGACCUGUCACGUGACCCCGGCCCCGGAGAGGGACACGGAGAGCGACUCUGGUUACCCCGACGGCGGGCCCUCCACCGAACCCAAACAGGCCGACACGGCCGACGCUGCCCCGCCCUCUUCCCCCUCCCCCUCCCCGGCUCCGCACCGGGACCUUUCGCCCCGCACCAGCCGAAUUCCCGUCCGAGAUCCCGACUCCCCCACCCGACGGAGUCUCCCGGUUCCCCUGUCCCCGUCGCUGUCCCUGUCCUGCCAACACUUCCCCUCCGCGCUGCUCCGGGACAAGUUCAUAUUCCCCUCCGAGCGGGGGUCCCGCGGGGGGGAGGUGCAGGGAGACGACCCUCUCUCCUUCUCCUCCUCCUCAGGGAGGAGUAAGAUCCCCAGACCUGUGAGCCCCACGCUGGUGCCAGACCAGGUGUCCGGACGCUUUGUGCCACGUCCUCCUCCAGGAAAACCCCCCCUGCGCCCCGCGGGCGAGAACAGGCGCCGACGUUACAGGAUCCGAGCCAGCAGCACGAGCGACGCGGAUCUGCUCGAUAACGUCACCCAGCUGAUGCAGGAGCGAGGGGGCGUGGCCGUAGGCUCCGCCUCCCGUUACCAUCGCUGCGCCUCUUCCCUUCAGCGCUCCCUGAGCUCCUCCCCCUCCCGUUACGAAGUGGGUCACAGCCAAUCAUCCGCUAGCUUCUCUGGCUCGCCACCGCCGGCGUUGGCGGAGUCACGGUUUCAGCGCAGCCCCGGGCACUCUGCCAAAGCCAGAGCGGGCGUCGCCGAGGCCAAAACUGUCCACAUGUCAAACAAAUGA